UUAACAAUAUUAAUUAAAGUAUCGUUUUAUUGGAUCGCUUAGUAAAUCUUAUCUAAAUUAUUGCAUAAUGAUAUUCAAUAAACAAACCAAAACGUCAACUGUACGUCAAAGCAAAAGUGUGUCCAUAGACUUUAAGACGUGUGGUGUGGAGUGUGAUACUGUGAUAUUAUCUAGAACUAAUCAUCUAUAUUUGUUUUGAUUAAUCUAUGAAGAUUAGAUUUAAAGAAUAUACUAGUUAUUUAACAGAUGCAACACCUUAUAAUAUUAGGUACUGAUAGACAAUAGUACAAAACAUACUUACUAGUGCUUUAAAAAUGGAAGGUAAACAGAGUUGUGAAUGCAGCGUAAAUAAUUAUCAACGAACCAAAAUUGUUAUCAGUGAAGAGUUUACAUAUGAUUUACAGAAUUCUAUAAAUAAAAUCAUUAUCGAACAAGGUUAUGGUACAUAUGAAAUAGAUGCAGGAAAAGUUUUUACCGGCGGUAACAAUUUUUUAGGUGAAUUAUAUGAAAUUAAUGUAACUGGAUAUAACUCUGAGGGCCAUAAGGAAACUAGUUUAUUUUUAAAGCACAUUAUUUACAACGAUGAUUUUCGAGUAUAUUCCAUACCAGAAGUUUAUGCAAGAGAAGCAUUUGUUUAUAAAGAACUUAGCAAAAUAUAUGAUGAGUUGCAAGUAAAAGCUAAAAUUCCUCUAGGAGAAAGAUUCAAAAUGGUUAAAAGUUAUAACGAAACGAAUAGUAAAGUGAUUAUUUUGGAUAAUUUGACCAAAAAAGGAUACAAGACUAUGCCAAGAUUAGACGUAAUGUCAGUGGAAUUUGCAGAGUUAUCUAUAAAACAACUGGCGAAAUUUCAUGCAUUAUCUUUUGUUCUGCAAAAUAGAAACCCGGAAUACUUUGAAACUAAAAUAAAGACGAUAAAACAGUCAUUUGUUUUUGAUGAUUAUUGGAAUGAGUUGGCUAAAAAAAUGUGUGACACUUCUACAGCAAGAAUGGAUGAUGCCACUAAGGAUAAAAUAGCAAAAUUCUUUCCUAUCUCUCUAGAAAAAUAUCCAAAAUAUAUGAACGGAUUGCACUCGAAGAUAAAAUGUUUGGUGCAUGGUGAUUAUAAAAUGAACAACGUUCUUCUGAAAGAAAUAAACGGACGAGUAUCAGAAGUCAUACCAAUCGACUACCAGCAAAUCUAUUAUGGCUGUCCGGUCAUUGACCUCAUAUACUUUAUAUACGCGGCGAGCGACCGCAACUUCAGAAAACAACACUUACUUUAUCUCAGAGAUGUCUACUUCAAAACUUUAACGAGCUUUCUCAACUACUUCGAUAUCGACUCGCUCUUCUCGAGUGAAGACUUCGAAAAGUGCUUUAAAGAUAGUUUGGAUUAUGCAUUAAUGUACACCCUGUAUAUGCUGCCUAUGUUUUUAAUUAAGGAGGAUGUUCCCGAUUUAGCAAAGGAUAACUUGUUAGAGAUGACUAUUAAAAUUGAUGAGCGAUUCUAUGAUAGGAUGCAAGGUAUCGUUGAUGAGUUUAUUGAGUUGGGAAUUUUGUGAUUACGAACAUUUAUUACAUUCUAUAUAAUAUUUUUACGGUAAUUAAUAUCAACAAAUAAUUA